AAUUUGUUAGUCUCUAAGGUGCCACAAGUACUCCUUUUCUCUCUGCUCUGAGUUUCAUGUCACUUCCUUUCCAGGUGUACUCCACUCCAGGAUUUCGGUCUCCCCAGCAGGCUUUGCUCUGGGCUGUGCCGUUCUGGCUCCGAUCCUCCCACUGCACUGCUGCCGGCUUUGCUCCCGGCUUUACGGUUUCCUAGAGCCAGUCCAGGCUGAUACAGCUCCGGGCUUUGUGCCUCUCCACGAGUUCCAGCUCCGGGCUUUCCGUCCUGCCCCACUUCCAGCCCCUCCCUGGCUCCAGCUCUGGGCUUUCUGUCUCUCUGGCUCCAGGCUCUGUCCAGCUCCGUUCCGUCUGUGCCAACUCCAGCUCCGGAUUUCUCUCUCUCCGGCCCCUGGCUCCACCCCGUCCUCCCCUCCUACCCAGCUCCGGGCUCCACAGCUCCGGAGUUUCCACCCAGCCUGUUCUAGGGCGUAGCAGGGAGCCGGGUGCCCGAGGGGAGAAGGGACCUUCCCACCCGCAGCCUGGCACCCAGUCCUGGACCUCGCCUGACACCCCCCUCGCACGGCAGUAGGGGGGCAGCCCAUGACUCCUCCGUGGGGCUGAGACGUCCCCUCCCCCCAUGCUGCCCCGCUCGCUGCGCCAUCUGCUGGAGGGGGCCCGGCUGGAGCUGGGGGAGGAGCAGGGGGUCACUCUGAGCGGGUACCGGAGCUGGCCCCCUGACCCCCUGCAGCCACAGCCCCCAGUGACCCUGAUGGAGGAGACCGAGGAGGGAGCAAUCUACACAGUGACCACACGCCGGUCUGGGGGCGCCCAGCAAGGGGCCCUGGGGAGGGCAGGCAGCCAGGCCCGCUCACUGAAGGCCGGGUCGCUGGUCCGGCUGGUUCGGCACCUGCUGGAGGCCCAGACGCUGGGCGAUGCCACCUACGUCCCUGCCUUCCUGAUCACCUACCGGGUGUUCGCCCGCCCCCCCACGGUGCUGGGGCUGCUGCUCGACAGGCUGGAGGAGGUCGGGGCACUGGAGCUGGGCCCCAUUUCCCAGGAGACGGCUGAGCUGCAGCGGGCCUUCUCCUCGGUGAUGUGCUCCUGGCUGGACGGGUACCCUGAGGAUUUCGGGGGGGGCUUGGACCCUGGCCUGGUGGAGCGACUGGGCCGGAGCCUGCAAUGUGCCCUGGGACAGGACUCUGAGGCUGAGAGACGCCUGCUCGCCCUACGGGGGGUGCCGGAGGGGCACAGCAAUGGAGGGGAGCUGGAGGAAGAGGAAUUGGGGGAAGAUGGCCCCGAGGGGGGUAUGAACCCUAGGGGGGACCCUGACCUCCUCGACAUCCUGACCUUCCAAGCUGACCAUGUGGCUGCUCAGCUGACACUGGAGGAGGCGGCGCUGUUCCUGCGGGUCGUGCCCUACCAGUGCCUGGGCUCACUCUGGUCUCAGCGGGACAAGAAGGGGCGGGAGCGGGACUGCCCCAGCGUCCACGCCACAGUGCGCCAAUUCAACCGCCUGGCAGGGGCCGUGAUCCACUCCUGCCUGGCGGGGCCGGGGCUGCGCCCCCAGCAGCGGGCCCGCAUCCUGGAGAAAUGGAUCCAUGUGGCUGAGGAGUGCCGCGCCCUGAGGAAUUUCUCGUCUCUCUGUGCCAUCAUCUCCGCCCUGCAGUCCAGCCCCGUGCACCGGCUCAAGCGGACCUGGGACGAGACCGCCAGGUGGGGCUGGGCUGGCGGGGGGGGGUGGAGCUGGGUGGUCAGGAUGUGGGGGGGCAGCAUCUCAGGGGUCACUCAUCCCCCCCCCCCCCUCGCUUUCCCCACCAGGGAUGUGCUGCGCAGCUAUGAGGAGCUCUGCACCAUCUGCUCUGAACAGGAUAACUACAGCCUGAGCCGGCAGCUGCUGUUCCAGGAGGGCACCUCCAAACCGUCUGGUGCCGACCCUGCCCCCCGCCGGCAGCCACGGAGACCCCAGGAGCAGCGCCCAGUGGGUGUGGUUCCGUACCUGGGCACCUUCCUGCGAGACCUGGUGAUGCUGGACACAGCAAUGAAGGACGAGCUGGAGAAUGGAUACAUCAACUUCGAGAAGCGGCGCAAGGAGUUUGAGGUGCUGGCCCAGCUGCGUCUCCUGCAGUCCAUGUGCCGCAACUACACUGUCCAGCCCAGCUCCCACUUCCAGCGCUGGCUGCGGGCACUGCCCCCCCUCUCUGAGGCAUACAGUCACAGUCUCUCCUGUGAGAUCGAACCCCCUGGGGAGGCCCCAACCCCCCAGCGGCCCCUGAAGCCCACCCUGGUCAUCACCCACUGCACAGAGCUGCUGAGCUCUGUGGGGAACCCUCUGGUCUCCUGGGAGAGGCCCAGCUCCCAUGAGGGGCCCCCUGGCUGCUGCCACGACCUGCUGCCACCCCCCCGUGGCCCCACGCAGCUGCUGUCUCGCCUGGUGCAGCACAUGAAGUGGUCAUCAGUCUCAGCGCUGGACACAGCUCCUGAGGACGUGGCUCCCUUGGCUGGGGGCCUCUCGCCUCCCACCCCCACUGCGGGGGGCUUUCCCCAGGGGCACCGGCGGUCGGCUUCCUGUGGCUCAGCCUUCCCUGCCCCUCCCACCCGGGAGCCCGGGCCCCCCCACCCUGACUGCUGCAUUAUCCGCGCCCGCAUGGCCCUGCACAACGGCAGCCUCUACAAGAGCAUCCUGGUAACCAGCCAGGACAAAACCCCAUCUGUCAUCGCCAAGGUGCUGGAGAAGCACGGCCAGGAGCAGGGGGCUGCCCCCCAAUUCCAGCUGGUCCAGCUGCUGCCUGAGGGGAAAGAGCUGACCUUCCUGCCUACAGCCAACAUCUUCUAUGCCAUGAAUGGCUCCAGCUUGGACUUUGUGCUGCGCCCCAAGGGCCCUGGGGAAACUCCCCUGCCUCCCAGUGCUGCCCUCCGCAGGGCUGAGCUCAGCGCCACCUUCCCCAAGAUCAAGGCCACCGGCCGCAAGCUCGCCAGGGCCCUCUUCUGAUGGUGAACCCCGAAACUGCCCUGGGGCUUCCUGGGCUGGAGGAAAGGAAGUGACCUGCGCCUGGGCUCUGGGGAAGGGAAUUGGAGCUGCACAGGGCCUAGGACUGUCUGCUUGGCCUGGGGCUACCUUCAUCUCCCCCUGCACCAGGCUCUGGUCUGCCCCAGGACUGUCCUGGGGCGGGCAGCCAGCUGCCUCAGGGCCAUGACCUAAGUAUCUUGAAAUGGGUGAUGUCCUGACAACCCCUCCCCCUCCAAACUCCAGUACAUACUUCCUAUCCACCCCGGAGGUACAGUUGGGGGGAGGGGUGCGACUGGGGCAGUGACCCCACUCUCCCACAGCCUGGCCUCACCCCUGCCAGAAGGACUCUGCAGCAGAGGCCAGGGUGGUAAUUCCCCUCUAGAUGCAAGUGGGAAGUGGGGUGCCCCUGCCAGUGCCAAGAUGGCAGCUUCUCAGGGACUCAACUGGAGAUGGGGGGAAGGACUGUGUGAUCCAAGCCCUGCAGGGGCAGCUGAUUUCCUCCCCCCCAUCACUGUAUUAGGGGACUUGUGGCCCCAGCCCUCUUUGCUGUAACACUAAUGCAAUAAAGACACUAGAAGCA